ACAUCUGAUCCACAUCUGAUCUUGUGUGUCCUCUUUCAGAUUUGCGGCGCCUGAUCAGCUGUUUUGCCGGUGGCGUCUUCCUGGCCACUUGUCUGCUGGACCUGCUGCCGGACUACCUGCAGACCAUCAACGAGGCCUUCAGCGACGCAGGAGUCACGCUCCAGUUCCCUCUGCCGGAGUUCAUCCUGGCCAUGGGCUUCUUCCUGGUCCUGGUCCUGGAGCAGGCGGUCCUGGCCUUCAAGGACCCAUCCCCGCCACUCGUGGAGGAGUGCCGGGCGCUGCUUGUGGACUCCGGCAUCCAGACUAAUGACAUGAACGUCCGCCUACGCUCCCAGCGCCGCGGCGCGUCCCAGGAGUUCGAUGGCGGCAACUUUCACCUGGACUCCGGGUCCCGUUCGGCGCUGCGGGUCUUCAUCCUGGUCUUCUCCCUGUCGCUGCACUCGGUGUUUGAGGGUUUGGCGGUGGGGCUGCUGGACAACGGGAAGGCGGUGCUGGAGACCUGCCUGGCGCUGAUCCUCCACCAAAGCCUCGUCUCCUUCAGCCUGGCGUUCAAGCUGAGCCAGGGCCGGCUGCGGCGUGCGGCCGUGGCCGGGUGCCUGCUGCUGUUUGCCGCCAUGUCGCCGAUUGGCGUCGGCGUGGGAGUGGCGCUCGGGGAGAGCAGGGCGCCCCCGCAGCACCGGCUGGCCCGGUGCACGCUAGAGGGCCUGGCGGCGGGAACCUUCGUCUACAUCACCUUCAUGGAGAUCCUGCCGCGUGAGCUCGGCUCCGGCGGGAACCGCAUCCCCAAGGUGGCCAUGCUGCUGGCGGGCUUCGCCGUCGUCACUGGCGUGCUCUUCAUCAAACUGUAACCAUAGGAUAACAUACCAUACCAUACCAUACCAUACCAUACGAUAGGACACCAUACCAUACCAUAGGAUACCAUACCAUAGGAUACCA